UUAUACCAGGGAGUCUGUUGCGUAGCCUGCGUUUGACAUCUGCGCACUUCUGGCGCUCACGUCCUGAGGAAAAAUCAAAACAAUCAAUAUGGCGGACCCGAGCAACGAAGCUGCAUCGUCGAGUAGCGUUUCGGAGGAGGCCCCGUCAGCCACUCCGAUUCGCGACGACCUCGAGAAGAUCGAGGACUUCCUCGAGCCGGAUAAAAAGCGUCGUAAACUGUCGCGGAACGAUGGGAAAACCGAGCAGAAGUUGGAGCACCGCCUGGGCGGCAUCCUCUGCUGCGCAGUUUGCCUCGAUUUGCCUAAGGCAGCCGUUUAUCAGUGUACAAAUGGACACUUGAUGUGUGCCGGUUGCUUCACUCAUGUCCUCGCAGAUGCCAGGCUAAGAGAUGAAAUGGCAACAUGUCCGAAUUGCAGAAUCGAGAUCAGCAGAACAUCCCCGUCUCGAAAUUUGGCAGUUGAGAAAGCAGUUUCCGAACUGCCGGCAGAAUGUCAAUAUUGUGCGAAAGAAUUCCCAAGGAAUUCCUUGGAGCGCCAUGAAGAGACCAUGUGCGAAGAGAGAAUAUCCAGUUGCAAGUACAGUAGAAUCGGCUGUCCAUGGCGUGGACCAAACCACGAACGUCCAGAGCACGAGGCACACUGUGUACAUCCACAUCGUACAGGGCUGGACGUGAUGGAAGCUCUACGUGAUAUCGAUGCCCGUACUCUUGAAGAACGUAGGCUGUAUGACAAUGUCUUUGAUCUUUUGUCCUACGAGAAAAUCACGUUCAACGAUCUGCAAAUGAAGCCAUAUCGUACGGACGAGUUUGUUCAUAAACUGUUUUAUGAAACUUCACGUUUCACUGCGUUCAACAAUCAAUGGGUUGUUAAAGCGAGGAUCAAUAAUAGUCAGCGUGAUCCCACUCAGAGUUCAGAAAGAGAUAUGACUUAUCAAUUGAUUUUGAAGACAAAAACAACGUAUCCACUACCACUUCAUUAUUUGAUAUUGAAAGGACCUUUUGGCGACAUGAAAGUACAACCAAGAAUACACAAAUUCGAGUUCACUGACCAAGAAAAUGAAAGCCCUUAUUUACCUUUACCCUUGCCUGACACAGCAGAAUGCAAUAGACUUCUUGCUGCGAGAGCUAUUAGUUUCAGACUAAUAAUGUUCCUGGCAUCGAAGUAGUUCAACACGAGAAUUGCUGCCAAGACUUUAUGGAGAAAGAAUUAUAAUUGAGAUAACUUUUUAGAUUCAACAGCGAUAAGAACAUAGAUCACACAGAGAUUUUUAACCAAUUAUUAGUAGUGUUUAACCGUAACGAUAAUGAAGAUAAAGAUGCUAAUUCUGCUGUAGUCUAUACACAUAUUACAUUCAGAAAAAGUUACACAACGUUGAAAUCGCGAAUAGUUUUAACACGGAAGGAGUAGCAGAAGUAAUGUGCGAAUACUUCUAAAGAAAGUGCAAUGUUUAAUUUCAUUUCUCCAUUUAUUUCGGGACGUCCUCAUAUUUUCUUUCAUUGAUUCUUCCAAUUCAUUCAAGCUUUAUGUAGAUUAUUGUUGUUAGACAAGUGUAUUAAAUGUACCGACAUUGGUGAAUAGAAUUGUUUCCAUAAGUAGAUAAAAAAAAAAAAAAACGAUUUUAUUACGACUUUUUGACCAAUCAUGUUGCUCGAGAUGAACAAUUUAAUGCACAUGCCUGUCGACACAAGCGUGUAUUCUAUUUACGUAUAAAUUAAAUGUUAUUGAUGUAAUAUCCCAAAUCGACAUAUUGUAAUAGAAAAAAAAAAAAAAAUAAAUUUAUUAUAAUUACUAA